UUAUAUUUGUAAUAAGCCCAAGCAAACAUAUACAUAAAAACAAAUCUUAGAGAUCUCAACACAAGUUGUGGUUGAGAUCCAAAGUCUUUUGUAGAAAGCAAAAAGCAGCAAAACCAUUACAAACCCAUUAACAGUUAUUGUCUCUCCUCUCUAUCCCUUCCGAUAUUCUCCGGAAUAAAAAAAGUUCACCAAGAAAGUUCAUUUUCUAUCAUACCCUUCUAGUACUAUACUCUGGUUAUUGGCUUUAUUUAAUGCAAUAGUUCGAAAUUGCACCAUAUCUUUAUAUAUAGCUACUAUUAGCUAGUUGGUAUCAUUUGAAUUAUUCCUCUUAGCUUGAAAUUUGGAAUUAAUGCUUGCUGUGUCACCUUUGAGGAACACCAAGGAUGAGAACCUCGGAGAGACUGAGAGCUAUUCAAUUGGUGCCAGUGACUUCCCUGACUUCUCCGAUGGGAACUUGCUGGACAGCAUCGAUUUCGAUGAUCUUUUCGUUGGAGAAAUGUUACCGGAUUUGGAGAUGGACCCAGAAAUCCUUGCUGAAUUUUCUGUUAGUGGGGGUGAGGAAUCCACUAAUACAAAGAAAGAGGAGGAAGAUAAAGUUUCCGGUUCAGGCUCGGGCUCAGGCUCAGGAUCGGGGUUCAACUCUAGCUCAAGUCGAGGAGAAGAAAUUGUGAGCAAAAGAGAUGAAUCUGUUGUGAAUCCACGUCCUCCAAAGCAAAGUGAUCAUCAUAAAGGCAGAAAGUCAUCUACACAGUCAAAGAAUUCUCAAGGGAAGCGCAAAGUGAAGGUGGAUUGGACCCCAGAGCUGCAUAGACGGUUUGUGCAAGCUGUGGAGCAGCUAGGGGUCGAUAAGGCAGUGCCUUCAAGAAUUUUAGAGCUGAUGGGAAUUGAUUGUCUCACUCGCCACAACAUUGCCAGCCACCUUCAAAAAUAUAGGUCACAUCGGAAACAUUUGCUGGCACGUGAAGCCGAGGCCGCAAGUUGGAGCCAGAGACGACAAAUGUAUGGUACAGCUAGUGGUGGUGGAGGAGGAGGAGGGAAGAGAGAGAUGAGUCCUUGGCUAGCACCAACCAUGGGUUUCCCUCCCAUAACACCCAUGCACCACUUUAGACCUCUACACGUGUGGGGACAUCCAUCCAUGGAUCAAUCAUUGAUGCCCAUGUGGCCUAAACAUCUAGCCCAUUCACCACCUCCACUGCCGCCGCCACCAACUACAUGGGUACCAGCUCCACCGCCACUGCCACCGGACCCUUCAUAUUGGCAUCCUCACCACCAACGUGUUCCCAAUGCACUAACCCCAGGAACGCCUUGCUUUCCACAGCCACUGCCAACAACACGAUUUGCCUCGCCACCUGUCCCAGGCAUACCGCCCCAUACCUUGUACAAAGUAGACCCCGGCAUUGGUGUCCCGCCUGGACAAUCAGGCCCCCACCCUAUGCUUGACUUUCAUCCGACAAAGGAGAGCGUAGAUGCAGCUAUUGGAGAUGUUUUAUCCAAACCAUGGCUGCCACUUCCUCUUGGCCUAAAACCUCCAUCUACUGAUAGCGUGAUGGGGGAACUCCAACGACAGGGAGUUCCAAAAGUGCCUCCCUCUUGUGCUUGAAAGCCUAAGAAACAUAAGCUUAAGGCUGUUGUCUGAUGGUGUUUUCAAGAGCACAAAAACCCUAAAUUUGACGACAUUUCCUGAAUUAGAUAUGCAUCUAAUUGCGAGGUUUGGUUUUUUUUUUUCCCCCCCUCUCUCUCUCUUCUUUUGUAGUUCUUUACCAAAUUAAUGUAAUCUGUCCCUUGUCCUUGUAUUUUAGAUGUUCAGGAACAGUUUUUAUUUUAUCAGCCUCUCCGUGUGUGAAAAUAAAGCUAUAGCCAUCAAUUUUUUUGUAAUAGUUGUUAUGAGUAUGAAACUAUGCAUAAUAAGUUUGAGGAUGUAACGUAACUCUUCAGUGGUCUAUUUCAAAUCGGUGCAAAUGAAAAUUUUUAAUUUUCUUGUUUUUUGAA